GAUUCACCCUCUCGUUAGCAAGUACAUCGCCGUCGCGCCCGAUAUAAUACCGACCCGCGCCUGAUGGAAAGGCAAGAUGGACGGGAUUUUACAACGACCGCUUGUCAAAGUAUUCCUGGACGGACUAGAUGAUGUUCACUCCAGUAUAAGAGCGUGCGCAACCGCUCAGCUUUUUUGCCGACCGACAACCGCCCACCAGCCACUCACCGCCUGAACCAUCUUACCUUCGAAAGUUCGCCAUGCAGUCCAACAUUCUUACGCUUUUUGUCGGGCUCGCCCUUUCUGCUCUCCUGCUGCCAGCCUCUGCUGCUUCAUUGGCGACUUCGUCCGCUCCACUGAAGACGCUGCCGUACAAUUUCACGCUCGCUGCGCUGAACACGACUCUCCCGAAUGUCAACGAUACUGGCGUGCCCCUCGUCGUCGGCUAUGACUAUUACGUCCAUGGCUCCAGUGGAUUCUCCACGUCGACGUGGGCAUCCGCGCAUGACAACGUCUUUCCCAGCCUCGGGCUAGUCCAUGGCGCUCUGCGCGCUUAUGGCAGGGACGGGUCAUGGGACGCUAACGCGUCGACAAUCAUCUCAGGGGAAUCUAUGGGCUGGAUCUCAGGGAGUAUAUAUGGACCUCUCGAGCAUGAUCAGUACACUGCGGUCCAUACGAUGCACCACAGCAAGUACGCGACGCUUGUCACGCAAGGCCAGGACGCUCUUUGGUCGCUGUGUCCGACCGGUGACUACUGGAAGAAGAACGUGGUUUAUUACAAUAUUUCCUCGCCGGAUAAGGAUUCCAAGGAUUGCUACGAGGUAGCUCUGCAGAUUGUACCCGUUCACUGAGUAUUGUGGCCUUUGUGGCGUUGAUAGUGCUGUGCACGACAUCGAUAUGACGCGGGGAGGAUGAACAAGCGACCGAAGGCUGCCCACUGGCAGGCGGCAGUUUAUAACUCAUCGUGCCGCAUCAGCUCGGUAUGCGCAGUACUAGCGUACAACAGGAAAAUAACUGCUUGC